GAGUAUGAAGUUCCCGACUCAGUAGCCCAGUCACACCUAAACAAAACCCUAACGAAACCCUGCGGAGGAAAACGUCGUCGCAGCAACCUUCACAUUAGCGAUGGCCAUUGUUCUCCGUCUUGGAAGCAGAAGCAGAAGCAAAGGGAACCACCCUUCUUCUCAUAUCGUGUUAUUCUCCACCUCCAAUUCCAAUUCCAACUCCAACUCCAACUCCAAUUCUCCUUUCUCUGACCUCUUCAGUGAAAUCAAAAACAAUUUCAAAGAAUCCUCUCCCUCUCCUUCAAACACCCCGCGCUCCUCGAAUUUCCGCGACGAGAUCAACAAAAACCUCCAUGAAUUCCGCGCCCGGACCACCGCGCCUCCGCCGCAGCAGCAGCAAAUCUCGUUCCAGAAAAUCUACCAGGAAAACAUGAACCGGAACCCGCCCAACUCCUCUUCCUUCAACUUCAAUUCCAUUCGCGACAGCCUAAAAAACAUCAAGCCCGCCGCCCAGACCACCCAAACCUGGUCGCGCCCAAUGCCUUCCACCACCAGCGGCUCCUUUUUGGGGAAGGAAGUGAGCAGCGACGGCUCUCCAGCGUCGUCGUCGUCGUCGUUGUCGUUCUUGAGGACUUACAGCGUGGAUGAUUUGGGGGAGAAAUUGAGGAUGUUGAGGCCGGAGGGAAUGAGAAAUGAUUGGUUUUCUGUGAGGGAGUUGAGUGAGAGGCUUAGAAGGUUGAGGAAGAUGGAGGAGGAGGAGGUGGAGAAGCAAGCCCAUUCCAAUACCCAAUACGGUUUCAAUAAAGCUGUGCUAGAUCAUGUCAGAGGAUCCCUCGCUCAGUUGGAUCAAAAUCAAACUGAGGCCGCUAAGAAAGCUUCACGCCAGGGACUUAGUAUAUUGAGCCACUUGAAUGGGACUCCAACCUUCUCCCUCGACCCUCCCAAACCCCACCUUGUUGAAAAGUACUUUCAUCCGGAUAAUAUGUCCUCCUCCGAGAAGUUGAAAAUCGAGCUUGCCAAGGUUAGAGAUGAGUUUAAAAUGUCCGACUCCGAUUGCGGUUCUGCGCGUGUUCAAAUUGCACAACUCACAACAAAGAUUAAGCAUCUAUCAGCAGUUCUACACAAGAAGGAUGUUCAUUCUCGUAAAGGUUUGCUAGCAAUGGUUCAGAGGAGAAAAAGAUUACUGAAAUACCUCAGAAGAACUGAUUGGGAUUCCUAUUGUUUUGUUAUCUCCAAGCUGGGUCUACGUGAUAAUCCCGAUCAUAUUUAUAGAGCUCGAUCUGGUACGGCGACAUAGGAUCACAUAUCUGGUGGUCAGAUGAAAGAAAACUCAAAAUAAGCAAAAUGGAAAAAGAAAAUCAGCUGGUUGAUGGAAAGCUGGCUGGGUUGUGGAGGUUUCGUUCAGGUCAGUCAGGGUGUAAACCAAACUGGUCAAGUGCUGAAUCACCGGUUUUUCAGGUCUGGUUUUUACAACUAUGAUCCGCAUAUCAGUUACUGAUGUAUUCCAUUUUUCUUUCUGUACGAGGAGGGGAUUGAUACGAUGGUCAGCCCAUUUAAUUAUUUUUUACCAGCCUUGGGUUGAAUUUAUGACAAAUGUUUUCAUUUCCCUUGCGUUGUUUGUUUUGCAUGUUUUUGGCUGUCGUUCCCAUUUGAAUAAUAUAUCAUGAAUCGUAUUUAGAAAAA